AAGUCUGUUCUCCGACCAAGUUGUGUUGAUGGACUUGCAAUGUGAGCUUCGACAGUGAGAAAGACGCCUCCUCGUCCUGGCCAACGCUCCAGAGCCUCUUGAUCUCGGCGGCACUGACACGGACUCAGUGGAUACAUACCCGCUGCUCACUGCUCACUGUUCAGUGAGUGAGUGUCCUUUCCUCGUUCCAGCUCUGCCUUCUUUAAUACUCCCUGCGGACUCUACCCUCGCCCUUUGCCCUUCGCCCUUCUCCGCCAGGAGAAAGAGAGAGCCUCUUGUAUCGCCGCAGCCUCUUCAGCCUCUGCAGCGAGUUCGUUUUGAGAGCGAAGCUGAAGCUGUUCUUCCGAGGGUUUGGGCCUUGACCAUGGCCUGAUUGGAGCCGUGAUCCACCCCGGGGUCGCUCGUUGCCAGACAUGAGUUCCACCGUGUUGGUUCGGAAUUUUCUGAUCUGUGGCUUGGACGUGACGACGGGCUUGGAAGCGGUGGAAAAUGGCUCGGGUGGGGGCGGGGAUUGUGGGUCGUCCUCGUGCUCCGGAUCUUCCCGCUCGUCUACGGCUAGCUCGUCGGACUUUAACCCCAUGGAACGGGCCUAUCAACCUACCUUAUUACGGAUUAUGCCGCAGCGAGAUCUGGGGUCUUGUUUCAAUCCGGAUGCCAUGAGUCGAUUGCUGAUGCCGGAGGGGCUGCGGUUUUGCACGGAGCGCGAGAUCGCCAACUGUCCCAAUAAGUCGCAUUCCUUUGUGGUCACCAAGGCCAAUGGCGACAAACUGUACGGCGUGUCGUUGAGCUUCUAUGAGGAGGUCACGGACAGCAACAUUUGUCACGCCGUCCACACCCUCCAGAAAAUGUACUCCACUGAGGCUGAGGGCGGGACUUUAAAACGCACCGAUCGAGUCCGCCCUCGAAGUGCUCGGGCGCCUUCAGAGCGGUCGCGAUCGCUACCCCGACAUUACCAACAAUCUCGUCUUUCCACGUCCACCUUAGAUCUGAGUUCGGCCACCUACGAUUACCGCAAGAACACCUUGUACGUGACCAAGGCCAUCGCCGUGCUCUGCUCCGAGCCCCUGGUUAGUAUUGCCCAUCAGAUCUUGAGCACGAUGCAGAAGUACAUCCAGAAGAGCGAUUUUGAUAUCCAAGUCUUGGAAGGUUUGGUCUCGAACCUCGUCAACGAUAUUCCCGUGCCGAAUAACGGGCGAUCCGUGCGCUUUUGGUGCUUAGGCGAUGCGGUGACGCUGAGCAUGCCGCGGAUACCGCUCGAGCUUCCGCUAUUCGAUUAUAAUCUGCUCGAUUUCUUCGACAUCCUGGGGAUCGAAAACGCCAUCUCACUCUUCAUUUGCAUCCUGUUGGAGCAUCAAGUGCUUGUUUAUUCCAAAGAGUGCGACAAGCUCAUGCUCGUGUGCGAGUCCGUUACGGCUUUGCUUUACCCGUUCGCCUGGCAACACGUGUACGUGCCAAUUCUACCGCCCAAUCUGGAGAACUUCCUGGAUGCACCCGUACCCUAUGUCAUGGGGCUCUUGAGACGCACCCAUGAUCUCGAGUUGUCCAAGAAAGGCUGCGUUUGCAUCGUUGACAUUGACAAUGGCGAGUUGGAGUUACCCGAGGAGAUCCCCGAAUUCCCCUAUCAGCCGGAGUUCAUUGACGAAAUCCGCAACACGAUCGUCCAAUUCGGCGGCAAGGACGGAGCCAUUGUACUAAAAGAGCACGCCAUCGAAACGAGGGAGAAUCUCGAGUCCUCCAAUGGCGGGGGUCAGAGCCAAAUGCUGGAUAAUUCGGAUACCAUGGAGCAAUUGAAUCAGAUGAUCAACAAGUUCGAAUCCAUCAGUGCGGCCAAACCGUUCACCGGAGGAGGACCCAAGUAUGAUCGACUCAAAUUGAACAAUGCCCUGCGGGAGGUGUUCUGCAACCGCUUCGUCCACAUGUUUCUGUCCUACGAGCACUUUGUGAUAUUAGCCGACGAAUCGGAUUCCUCGCUCACCCCUCAACAGCAAGAGACCCAGCAGAACUUUGACAAGAUCUCCUUUCUGAGCGAUCAGAAGCAGAGCCAUCUACCCUUUCUUUCGGGGUUCUUGGAGACUCAGAUGUUCUCCACGUUCAUUGAUGAGUGCAUCGAUAAAAUGAGCCAGGAGAUCAUCAUCGAGACGCCUUUCGACCUCCGAUUAGUCCAGUUAAAAGACCGAUUUGGAGAUAGUCUGGUACGGACACCCACGUACGAACCCUGUGAUAAGAGCUUGGAUAUCAGUAGCGAAGCCCUGACUAAACGCCUCAAGAAGGUUGAGCUCACGGUCACGCCCCAAAAGUCCAACCAGAAUGCCAAACACUCUGCGGGAUCUCAGCAACGGCAACACCAAAAAACCGUCACACCCGGGGUAUUUCCACUCCUGGAUCCUUCCAAGUUCGAAGGCAAAACCAACUCAGCCAUAUUCGUCAGAGGCGAUCGCAAGUCCAAGUCAAUCGAUCCGGGUUUGUUGCCAUCCCAGAAGAUCUCGUUAUUAAAUGCUAGUCCCGCGGCCAUCGCGGAAGCCAACUGGACUUUCGUCCAUCAACUCUUGAAAGAAUGCAAAUGCAAAACCAAACGGAUCCUUCUCGAGAAGCUCGGCCAAGAGGCCGUCGAAUGGGGUCACGGGGCCCAGUUUUCAGGGAGUGAAGAGAACAUGUUAGUGGCCAGUGUGUGCGAUCUCAUCGAGCGCAUCUGGAGCCACGGCCUUCAGAACCGCCAAGGCAAGUCUUCGCUCUGGCACUUUCUCCACAAGUUCGGUCGUGCCAACGAGAAGUUGAUGCGGUUCAAGGGCACCUUGGGCACGCAAUCCUUCUACAGUCCAUUGAUCAAGAGCAAGCCGUUCCUCCUACCCGACCACGCCCGCCCUGUUCAGGUACUAAACAAUCCCAACCGCCGGACGCCCACUUUCGACUCCACCCUCAUGGCCAUGGUGCACAAUGUGUCCACGAUUCACGAGAUCAAGACUGAUAUCGGAUAUGCUCGGGCGUGGAUUCGGUUAGCUCUGGAGCGCAAGUGCUUGUCCAAGUUUCUCCACGUUUUGGCCAGCGAUCCCGUACUGUUGAAGCACUUGUACAAACGAUACUCGUUCUUGAGAUCCGAGGACGAGCGCGAACAGAGCUUGUACUACUUGGAGACACUCACCACGGUCGAAUUCUCGUGCUUUACCAAUGCUUACCCGAACUCCAGUCUCCUGUACCAAGUUCUAAUCUUUCCGUCAUCCAAAUCGGGUCACAAUCCGUGCACGAGUAACGUAUGGAUUCAUGUGGUCGGGUCUUAUGGGGAGACCUCGAUCAUUCGCAUUCCUCGAGGAACGAUUCAUUUUUCGUUCUGGACCAAGAACCUCGGCGUCAUUACAAGCAUGCGGGUCGGCCAUGACAAUGCCGGAUCCACGCCCAAUUGGCUCAUUGAGCACGUCCUGUUGCGGAAUGAGUUCACCGGACAGACCUACAAAUUCAGUUGUGGUCGUUGGUUGGGUCAGAGUGUGGAUGAUGGGUCCACUGAGCGAUAUUUGGUGGGCUACCCAGUGGCCAAGGAUGCCAAUCUGCAGAACCUUGUCCAGAUCUGUGCCUAUCCACCUGAACAUGCUUGCCCUGCUUUGGCUGGAAAAGCUGAGGAACCUGAGAAUGAGAUCGUGGAGCUGCAGACUCGCCUGGGCGAUGCCAUCAAUCGAAUCAUCAAGUUUUACCACAAGAGCUUGAAUGAGAAGAUCAGUUAUGCUCAUCUCAUGUGUGGCGAGCACGGUCUGGUCCAUGCUCUUAUUCACAUCUUCACUUUUGGCUUCAAGUCGGCGCGUUUGUUUGGACGGAAUCUAUCGGUUUGGGACUUCUUCCUCAAGGUCACGAUGGACUUCAACAACUCCAUGGCUCAUUUCAUCUCGCAAAUGCCCAACUCACCGUUGAACUCGCCCAAACGCGGCUCAAAUACUUUGGAGAAUCCGCGACGAAACUCAAGUUUGUCCAAUUUAUUGGACUCGCCCAAAAGAACCCCCGGAUCCAACACGCCACAAAAUACUCUACCUCGAGCCAAACAAUUCACCAGGAUGUACACCAAACUUGUAACCCGCAUUGAGACCACGUGCUCGAGAUUGGGCAAAGACGACAAAUUUCAGCUCUUCGUUUGUUUGGCCGCCUAUGAUCGACUACUGGGCAAGAUCAUAACAGACUUGACCAAGGCCAUCGCUGCCCAACAGUUGUACGAGGAGAAUUCGUUCCUCAGGAAUCCUAAUCUGGCCUCGUUCCUGACUCACAUUCUGGAGGCGUUGGAAGACAUCUCAGUGCCCGUGGAUCCGGCCAUGAAGGCCACUUUCGAGGAACACAACUUGAUUUUAACCAAUAGGAAAUAAGCGAUCUCAAAGAAGCCUAGCUUUCUUUCCCCUCCGUGAAACCAACCCCUAGAUCUGAGGAGCCAAUGUUCCACAAUUAUGAGCACAUUCAACGCUUGGCUUUUGUCUUUUAGAUUGAUUAUGAGAGCAACGGUUGUAACACUUUAAGUUUUGUUCUAGUCCCUGCUUUCAAGGCUUAUGAUUGAUCUCGGAAACAAUUGAUUUGCAUUUCAGUGGGGAAUGCCCCAACUGCACUCUCAAAUUGUCAAACAUACUUUGUUCAUUUCCAUGUCAACACACUAUUGAUAUUAUACUGGUACACCUGCAUACGAUACUGGCUUCAACAGCCGAGUAUUGAGUCAAUUUGGUCAACACUGAAGAACAAUAAAUCUAUUUCCAACAAAA